AUGAACAGUUGAAAAAAUAAAUAAUUGCUGUUACAAUAUAAGAUGUUUUGGCUGACAUUUAUUUUAAAAGUAUUUUUCCUUAAUGGGAAAAACUUCAGAUGUCAAUUCAGAAAUUUUUUUCUCUUUAAAACUUUUCAAGAGGCAUAGAUGAGCAUUUAUUAUAUGAUUAUGAGAUGUAAUAUUCUGUUUCUUAUGUUACUGACUAGAAGUGUGAAAAAGCAUAUAAUUUUGAAAUAAUUAUGUAUUGUUCAAAUAAUUACAAUGACAAUAUAUUACCAUAUUUUUGUGUACACACUGAAAUAAAAUGUUUGUCUUUUAGGCUUGCAAAGAAGAUAUUAAAUAAAAAAAAUGAGGACAAAGUAGAGAUGGUUGAAGAUGCUAUUGAUGACCUCACUCAGGCACAUGCCACAGGUUCUAUUUGCCUCCAGACAAGUGAGAAAAUAGUUGUUACAACUAGUUUAUCAAUAAAACAUCAAAAAAAGACAAAAUUGGUAAAAACCACAAGAGUACUUGAGAGUUUACAAUACACAGUUAGGGAAACACAGGAAAGAAGAAAAACUCAAUCCCGCUUAAAGCAUGAAUGUGAUAAAGAACACUAUAGAAGCAGAUUGAAAGGCGAAAAACAAAACAGAGAAAAACCACAGUCAGAAAUUAAAAUAAUUUCCUAUAAAAGUCGUGCCAUACAUCAGAAACAUCAGACAUCAAAAAAGAAAAACCAAGAUUAUCUCUUUAUAAAGAACAGAAUUGACACCCUGUCAAAAAGGUAUUCUAAAGCUAAAAAGGAGCUCCGUAAACUACUUCAUGCCCUUAAAGUGAAGACAUUACUUAUUGAAAAAAGACAGAAGCAAAUAAAGCAGGUCAAGGACAAAGUGAAGAAAUAUAGACUCGAAAAUCAUAUACUAAAGGAAAAAUAUAAAAGAGCACUUCUCCAAGAAGAGCUCCUGCAAGAAAAAUUAAACGAAAUGCAGAAGGAAAUUCCCUUGCCUCAACCAUUUGAAAAUGCCCAAAAGAAAGGGGCCUUCAUAAAAGAGGUAUUUCAAAAUAUCGGGAUGCAUUUUAGGGAUCACUCCAUGACUGUUGAUGCUGAUAUUGAAGAACAAGAUCAUGUGGCAAAAGAGAGAAAAGAGCAAAUACAUAUAUAUAAAAAAGAACAGGCAGAAGAUGAGGAAAUAAUAAAAAAGCUUCAAGAAAAAGUCGCAGAAUCCCAAAAAGAAACCUUCAUGUUUGUACAAACUUCUAUGGAAAUGAAGCGAAUAUGGAAGAAAUAUCAAAGGGAAAGUGAACUGCAUGAAUAUCAACAACGGAUCAAACGGGAAAAGCAGUAUAUUAAAGAUAUAGAAGAUUAUAUACUAAAAUUAAAACAUUCCACAUCUGAAAAUUCAGGAGAGCAAACUGACAAAAAUGAAGAACUUUGGGACACUACCGAUUCCCAUUUUCAACAUAUUCGACACCUUGAAGAAAAAAUAGAAGCAGAAUUUUCAAAAAAUAUUAAGUUGGAAUUACUAUAUAGAAAGCUUCAAGAAGAGGCAAUUGCUCUCCAAGGUCUGCCAAAGGAUGAUGACAACCUGGAACGGAGGAGAAGAGGAAUUUAAAGGAGCAGUUAUUACACUGGAGCAAAAAGAAGAAAAACUUAUAUGACCAAAUGGAGCAUUGACUUCAAGAAAUGGAAGCUGAAUUUGAAAAUAAAACAUCUAAGGCAGAACUAGAGAAAUACAGGGGGCAGAGCCAAGAUGGCAGAGAUUACACAGGUCUUUAUCUGAGCUCACAUCAACACCAGAUCAAAACUCUGAACUGUAACAAAUUUCUAGCGGAAGUUAUUUUGGAAAAAAUUCAGAAAAGGUUUAUUUCAAUCAGGCAUGGGGGUGGAGGGGUGGACUGAGCACAGGCCUAGCGUAGGGACCCAGGGCAGUGUGCCAUUCAUAUCUCAGCCGAGACACAUACAAGACAAAGGUAAAUAGUGUGCCUCUAAACCCCAGAAGAUUAUGGGACCUGACCAUGUCCACCCAACACUGAAAGGAAGUCAGCACCACUGACUAUCCUAAAGCCACUAUCACCUAUACAGGAAGCUGGGUAAAAUCUCCCUGUUGCCCUAAGAGCAGACCUCACCCUUUAAAAAAAUCAGGAAAAAAAGCAAAAAGAAAUCUGAUCAUAUUU